CCUUGUUCCAAGCAUAUAAAAUGUCCCGCCAUCCUCUACACAUUAUUUGACUCCAAUUGUUUUUAUUUUGAUCUAAAGCCACUGAAUAUAAAAGCAGGUCUUAUAAACAUUAUGCCUCGCAGCCCUCUCGUCCCAGCAGGCGCUUGGGACACACAUACCCACGUUUUCGACCCAGUAAAUUUCCCAUACCCAACCUCGCGAUCCUACACACCCAAAGCCGCUCAAAUCACCGAGUACCCCUCCAAGUUUACCGGCUGCACCUGCGUUGUUGUCGUGCAUGCCUCUGUGCAAGGCACGUCUCCCGCCGCGCUCAUCGACACCUUGAGCAAGGCCCAGACAGCUGGACUAACUCUCCGUGGCCUUGCCACCAUCGAUGUCAACACUACCACGGACGCGGAGCUUGACGCAUUGCACGCGGCCGGAGUGCGAGGGGCCCGGCUCCAUGAGAUGUCCUGGGGCCAUGGCGAGCAGGCUGGCGGCUCGCAGAUUGGGAAGAAAGUUGCUGCGUUGGCGGAGCGGUUUGGGCGCCUUGGGUGGGCCAUUGGUGUAUUCUGUGAUGUCCGCACAUGGGCAUCAAUGGCGGAACAGAUCCGUGCCAUGGACCCACGAGUCAAGAUGAUCGCGGACCACUUCGGCGGCACCUUCCCAGGCGAGGAGAAAACGCCCGAGUUUGCGACCUUCCUUGAGUUGGUGAAGGAGGGACGUCUUACCGUCAAGGUGUCUGGGUUUGAACGACUUUACAACGGACACGGCAGCGGCCGUGAGGGAAUGAAGGCCAUCGAGCCCAUAGUCAAGGCUGUCAUCGCGGCGGGACCCGACCAGAUUGUAUUUGGCUCAGAUUGGCCGCAUACGCAGUUGGGAGUUGCGAGGAAAGGUAGGACGGACCAGCAGCGCUUAGAUGAUAUCGAAGGCUUCAGGGAGGUCCCCGAUGAUGUGCAUAUUGAGGUGCUCAGAGAAUGGAUUACGGAUGAUGCGGUCUGGCAGAAGUUGUUUGUGACGAAUUCGGAGAAGCUUUUUAGAUAAGUAGAUAAU